AUGAAGUUCACCACCAUCACCGCCGUGCUUCUCAGCAGCAUCCUGUCUACCACAGCAGCUCUUGAACCUGCUGUCAACGGCAACAGCUUCCAUGAACGCAGAGUUCAGGAAAUCGAAGAUCGACAAGUCGCCGGAGCAAUGGAGACUCAGAACUUGAUUGAAGCCGAGAGCAUCCUCAACUCGGCUCGCUCCUCUUCGGUCGGCAAAAUCCGUGGACGCCGACUCCGUGAGGCUCAGGAGCAACAGUGCUCCAAGCAGCCUGCCACUGAAAUGGUCGUAGGCCCGGCGGCUGAGAGCUAUAUAAUACAGUAG